AUGGAAAUGAUAUGUUUCGCCAUAUUUGUGUUUUUUUUCUGUUCAGGUGUCAAAACACAGCCACCGCUUGCUACAGGGUGUCAAUACCAUGGACGUAAUUACCACGUGAGUGACGUCUGGGUAGACAUGAACGGGUGCAACAUCUGUGAGUGUAACCAGUAUGGAGCCCAGUGCUAUGGGACACAAUUUGGGUGUCAAUUGAACAAAACGAAUGCUGCACCAUUGAGCCCCGCCUGUCACUACGCAACGAAAAGCUACCUCGUCGGUGACGUAUUCACGACUUUGGACGGAUGCAACAAGUGUUUGUGUACAGAAAGGGGUCAACAAUGUACAGCAAAGCAAUGUAAUAAAACAGGCUUUGAGCAGCCAAGUAAGACACCGAUUUACGGAGAAUGUCACUACAACGAGGGCUGGUAUCACUACCAAACGCAGUGGCUUGCAACAGACGGGUGUAACACAUGCUAUUGCCACAGCAUCGGCAACUACCAAGGAGGCUACGAGUGUACAAAGAGCAAAUGCUCCUGUCAUGACAGCUCCGUUCUGACAGGCUGACUGCAUGCAAUCCUCAAAUGACAUGUUUUGAAAAUAUUUAUGA